AUGUUAUUCGCAUGUUAACUUAACAGACGGGCAAAGAAACAGCAUCAGCAAAAAAAAAAAAACAAAAAAAAAAAACCAAAGUGUUGCCAAAAGAGGAAUUUAGUUAAUAAUAGGCUGAGAUCCAGUUAAUUGUUAUGGAGUAAACGUGACAACACAUGGAGGACUGGUCGUAAAUAGAGGGCCACAUUCGCUAGUGGCUGUGACGUCUUUUAUUCCCAUACGCCGUUUCCAUGCUAUAGAUAACAGUUUUGCCUCCAUAGGCAAGUAAAACAAGGGUAUUAAAGCACAUAAUGGGCUGCAUCACUAGCACCAAUAAACUGAGUGAAUUGCGGCAGGAGAACGUGUUUCGGGUGCACGUAGCCCAUUUGCAGCCCAGCGGACCCGAGGCGCACAUCAUACGCAGCGGUUACUUGGAAUUGACGCCGCGCGAAUUGAUCUUCAUGACGCCUGGCUGUCAACCUAUUGUAUGGGCGCUGCAGCACCUGCGGCGCUAUGGACUUAAUGGCGAUAUGUUCUCGUUCGAGGCGGGACGCCGCUGCAUGUCUGGCCCGGGCAUCUACACGUUCCGCAUACACCAUGCGGAGCAGCUCUAUCCGAUGUUCCAGCGCUAUAUAAAUGCCGUGAACACCGACGCCUUUGCACAAGGUGAGCGGGAACGCGAACGCGUCAACUCCACGAAUUCGGUGUCGGUGCUUUUGGGCCGCAGCGAUCUUCAGCCGCAUAGCAACAAUUAUCUGGAGCCGGCACCAAUGCUGGCACGUACUGCGCUCCAGGUGCAGCAGCAGCCGAACGAGUCAAUUGCAUUGACAUCCGAUUCACCCGAAUCCUUGCCAAAUCUGCAGCUCAUCGUCGCUGAGCAGGGCGCAGCCGCCAACCAUGGCGCUUUGCAGUCUCCAAUCACACCCGGCGCCUACAUCACUACCAAUGGCAAUGUUUACUUCGAUCAGCCGAUGCAGCGCUGCAGUUCACCACCGGAGACCACGCCCACAUCCACAAAUAGCGCAUUCAGCACUAUGCGCCGCCAGCAGCAUUUGGGUGAUAUACCGCCGCAAGAAUCUGCUCCGGCGCUCAACGAAACGCUGCGUUUGUAUGCCAAUGUGGAGACGUCGCGGGAGCGGCUCCUGUUCGAUAUGCCGCUCGCCUCUGCUGGCUGCAACGAUCGUUGCUAUGAGAACAUAAGUCGCCUGGACCUGCCCCCUCUGCCACGCGACUGCUCGCAGCAUUCGGUGGCCGCUGCGUCGCAACAGCAGCAACAGCAGCCGGCGCCGGUGACGCCGACCAGCCCAGCUGGUGUUAACUACAUAGUGCUCGACCUGGAUCAGCCGCGUAGUCCGGCACAGUGCUCGCCCAAGACGAUGACAAACGGCUUUGGCAGCGGUCUGUCCCUGACAGCUGCUGCGCCACAAACGCCGGAAGGAAAGAAAGCAUCCGAAGCUGCGGCAUCAGCACAGAAGAGAAACUCAAAUGCUGGGGCAACGGCAGCCGGUGCUGCACCAGCUGCGGAAACUGUGGCCAGCCAAGGCUACUCCACCAUUGAUUUUAUACGCACCUACGCUUUAAACAAGUCCUCAACAGCACCUGCCCACGAUGCGGAGGCGCCGGGAGGCUGCCAGGACCAUGCACACGAGGAUGGUGAUCAGCGCAUCACGCGGCAUGGCAAAUGUGUGCGAAAAGCCUACUCAAUUAGCGAGUAGAAAACGAACGAAGAGAGGAACAAGGGUCGUAAGGAGGAGCAAGAGUCUAACGAGGAGAGGAUCGAGAGUCGAACGUGAGGAGGAUCGAGAGUCGAGCGAGGAGAGGAUCGAUAGUCGAAUGUGAGGUGAUGCGUUAGUUGAAUGUGAGGAGAAGCGAGAGUCGAACAAGGAGAGGAUGGGGAGCCGAAUGUGAGGAGGAUCGAGAGUCGAACAAGGUGAGGAUCGGGAGCCGAAUGUGAGGAGGAUCGAGAGUCGAACAAGGUGAGGAUCGGGAGCCGAAUGUGAGGAGGAUCGAGAGUCGAACAAGGUGAGGAUCGGGAGCCGAAUGUGAGGAGGAUCGAGAGUCGAACAAGGUGAGGAUCGAGAGUCGAACGUGAGGAGGAUCGAGAGUCGAACGAGGAGAGGUGUGAGGUGAUGCGAGAGUCGAAUGUGAGGAGGAUCGAGACUCGAACGAGGAGAGGAUCGAGAGUCGAAUGUGAGGAGGAUCGAGAGUCGAAUGUGAGGAGGAUCGAGAGUCGAACGAGGUGAGGAUCGGGAGCCGAAUGUGAGGAGGAGCCGCGUAAGAAUUGGAAAAGGCAGCACAACGAAUUUACCACAAGCAAAAAAAA